AUGGCUCUCCUAGGCACGACUCUUCGGGGUCUUAUGCCUCGUGUUUCCAAUGGCAUAGGCCUUGUCUGUCGCCUUCGCAGCCAGGGAUGCGUUACCAAGUCCAUCCGCCAGUAUGGCGCCAUGCCCUCUCCGCAGCCGACCAAGAUUCGUUCCUCGCUGUUUACCGACAAGAAUCGUCAAUUCUUUACCUCGAGCUUCAGACGCUCAACUGCUGCACCUGGAGUUGCCAGUGCAAUUGAGGAUGCCGCAACCAAGGUGAAGCCGAGCAUGCCUGAGAUCAGCCACAAGUCUGUCGCAUACUGGCUCCUGGCUAGCGCUGCCAGUGUUUUUGGCAUUGUUGUUUUUGGCGGCUUGACUCGUCUCACUGAAUCUGGAUUGAGUAUCACCGAAUGGCGUCCUGUUACUGGUUCCCUCCCCCCGAUGAAUGACGAAGACUGGGAAUCCGAAUUCGCAAAGUACCGCGCCUCCCCCGAAUUUAAGAUGUUGAACUCGAAGAUGGGAUUGUCCGAAUUCAAGUCUAUCUACUACAUGGAAUGGAUCCACCGCCUCUGGGGCCGAUUUGUUGGUCUCUCGUUUGUCGUACCUGCUGUUUACUUCGUUACUCGGAAGAAGGUCUCAACUCCUAUGGCCUGGCGCCUUUUGGGUAUCUCGUCUUUGAUUGGUUUCCAGGGCUUCUUGGGUUGGUGGAUGGUCAAGUCCGGACUGAAGGACGACCUGUUUGCACCCGGAAGCCACCCUCGUGUUAGCCAGUAUCGAUUGACUGCUCACCUCGGAGCUGCCUUUGGCUGCUAUGUUGCUAUGCUUUGGAACGGUCUUGCUAUUCUGCGAUCCCACAAGCUUAUGAAGGAUGCUGCUGCUGGUAUCAAGAGCCUUGAUGCAUUGAAGGACCCCCGCCUCGCAAUCUUCCGUCGUUCCGUCGCAGGUCUCGCUCUUCUCGUCUUUACUACCGCUAUGUCCGGUGCAUUGGUUGCCGGUUUGGAUGCUGGUCUGAUCUACAAUGAUUUCCCCUGGAUGGGUGUUGGUCUUACUCCUCCCAAGAAGGAGCUUUUCGAUCCCCGUUACUCUCGUCAUGAAGACAACUCUGACCUCUGGUGGCGCAACAUGCUGGAGAACCCUUCCCUCGUCCAACUUGAUCACCGCAUCUUGGCCAUGACCACCUUCACCUCCAUCAUGGUUCUCUGGGCUUACAGUCGCCGUUCACCUACUGUCAAGCGCCUUCUGCCUGCUGCUGCCCGCAAGGGUAUGCACGGAGUAGUCGGCUUUGCCUGUAUGCAAGUCGGCCUUGGGAUCGGAACUUUGUGGUACCUCGUACCUACUCCCCUGGCUUCUGCCCACCAGGCUGGAAGCCUGUUGCUUCUGACCUGGGUCCUUGUCCUGGGUAGCCGGGUCUGGCACCCAUCUCGCACAGCCAAGCUGUUGCAGAUGGCCGCCAAGGCCUGCCGCCACUAG